AUGGACGGCCAAUAUGCCAAUGACCCAGAAUGGGCCGACGUGACUCCAAUUCCUUUGGAUGAUGGAUCCAACGAGGAGGUCAUGCCCCUGGCUUCUAUUGCCUACCCUCCGGAGUACAUUGAGGCAACGUCCUAUUUGCGGGCUGUAAUGGCCGCAAAUGAAAUGUCUGAGAGAGCACUCAAAUUGACCCAGGAUGUGAUAGCGCUGAAUCCAGCCCAUUACACCGUAUGGAUCUACCGCGCCAAAAUCCUCUUCGCGCUGAACAAGAGCCUAGAAGAAGAGAUGGCUUGGCUAAACAAGGUCUCUCUCAAGUAUCUCAAGAACUACCAAAUAUGGCACCACCGCCAAGUCCUCAUGUCAUCACGAGAACACUUCCCCACCAUCCCGCCCAAGGAACUAGACUUCCUGAUGGAGAUGUUUGCCCAGGACUCUAAGAACUACCACGUCUGGACCUACCGUCACUGGCUGGUUCGCCACUUCAAGCUAUGGGACUCGCCUCGCGAAAUCGAGGACAUAGAUGCCCUCCUCAAGGCUGAUGUGCGCAACAAUUCCGCCUGGAGCCACCGGUACAUGCUCCGUUUUUCGCCGCGCGAAGAGGAUGUCCCAGAUUCAGGGCUGGCGAAUGCGGGCGACAUGAGCACUACCCCGGCUGAUAAGGGCCGGUUGGCUAUUGUGGACGAGGAUAUGGUGGACGCGGAGCUGGAGUAUGCGCAGAAGGCAAUUGUGCUGGCACCAGAGAAUCGGAGUCCGUGGUGGUAUGCACGUGGGGUGCUCCGGGCUGCUGGACGGGGACUGGGCGAGUGGGAGGAGUUUGCGGGGAGGUUCGUGGAGGGCGAUGCGGUUAAGAGUACGCAUGCUGUGGAGUUAUUGGCGGAGGUUUAUGCGGAGGAUGGGGAGAAGGGGCAGAAGGCGGUGGACUUGCUGACGCUCCUGAAGGAGAGGUAUGAUCCUAUAAGAAAGAAUUAUUGGGAUUAUCGGAUUAAGCAGAUUGAGGUCGAUGUUUAG